AUGCCGCCGGCGCCACCACCAUCACCGCCACCUAGCGCCCUGCCCAAAGAUAACGACUGGCCACGCGCCGAUCGCAUGAUUGUAAGGCAGGAGCUGAUCAAAUUGGCUCUGGACGGAUUAUUUUGCAGCCCGCUGGAUCUGGCUGAUUCUUCCAAAGAACGAAACAUUUUGCAUAUUGGAUGCGGGAACGGAUCAUGGAGUAUGGAUAUGGCAACCAAGUACAAGCACUGUUGGGUUUUGGGGAUCGAUGACCGCGACGUAUUGGAUUCCAGCAGAGCCACACCCCGCAAUUUCCGUUUUCUGAAAUCGUCACACGGUAUCCUCCAUCAUCUUCAAACGCUACCCGAUAAUCAUUUCGAUUUCAUUUACGGCCGUUUCCUGAUCUUUUCAUACAACCCAGACCAUUAUCGCGAGAUUGUGCAAGAGUGCUGGCGUCUGUGUCGAUCGGGCGGCUAUGUCGAGAUGAUGGAAUUGGACAUGCGGAUCUAUGGGAGCCCGGUGGUGGGUCCAAUGACGCACAUGUUGAACUCUCAAGGUAAAGACUCUGCACAUAAAUUUUAG